UUUUUUGAGACCGUCGCAGUGUGCAGCUCGGUUCUGGUGUCAGAUGUGUUGUAGGGUUAAAGGUAGGUCAUUUGAUUUUGUUACUGAAAUUCGAUUUAAAAUAAUGAUAUACCAUGUCAAGAUGAUUUCUUCUUAUAUUUGAGGGGCCCACGAUCAAUUUGUUGAUCAUUAUGGCUCCUGGUUUUAAUUCAGAGUUUGCCUUCUCUUAGAUGGGUUGCCGUCCAAGGCUAACGAGUCCCAUCCACCCGGGGUGCUGGGGAUGUUGGCUUUAAUGGAGAUUGACCCUCCCAUUUAAAUGGCAUACUAUGCGUAGUUCUUACAAAUAUGUUUCGGGUGAUAUUUAUUUUCGUAUAAUUUAUAAGGCAUGUUUUUGAAAUUAUAUUUGAUGAAUUUAGUUUUUGCUUAAUUAUUGAAACUAAUUAAGUUUUGGGUGCUUCUUAUAAAUAUAUCGAUUGUUCAAUUGCUGUAAAUAUAAUGGGUAUAAUAUAAAUAUAAUAUGCUGUUUGUUAUAUUCUUUAGUUAUAAUAAACAUAGAAAAUAUAUAAUCUAGAUUUAUAAGAAAGAUAGCUUAGCUAUGUAGUAACAAAGAUAUACCAUAAUAUAUACUGUAGAUUUAUAGCAAAGAUAAGAUAACUGUAGAGUAAAAAAAAAUGUAACAGAUAUAAUCUAGGUUUAUAGCAAAGAUAGCACAGCUAUAGAGUAACACAUAUGUAACACAGGUCAUACAGUUAGAACAAAUGACGGCACAGGAAAUGUUGCCGUAUCGUAAGCAAAUUGAGCAUGUUAAACAUCUCCUGACAUCACCUUCAUGGACCCUGAAGUCAAUAACAUGUUUACCUUAUCAUUAUCACUUUGUCUCUGUAAUCUCAUACUGACAUGUUAUAAUAGGAUUCAACUAAUUAAACAGACUACAAUUAUCCCUGGGAGAUGACCACACCUUUACCAUCAAUCUUCUUAAAUGGACUUGUGUUCAUCGAUAAUCAAAAAUUAAAAUCAGAGCUUAGCUCACGAACUUGACAAACCAAUAAAAAAAAUGUAUUUGUUGACUUUUCUAAACUGUCUCAGAUUUAAUUAAUGUCCAUGUCAGCUGGGAUGCUGCUAGCGGCCGUGGUCCUCCUAACUCUGAGCAUCGUCUCGGUGAACUGUCAGCUCUCGUUGCUGACGUUCAAGUUCACACACAAGGAUGCCAAAACAAAGUCCGAGGGGACCACAGAGAUGAAGCUUGACGACACCAAUAUGAACUUGUAAGUCGUGUGAAUGAACAGCGCGUCGACAAAUGUCACCACUGUCAUUAAUUAAGUGAUUUUACUGUCACUGUUUCAUGAAACCAAAGCUAUUGGAUUAUUUGAUUAUUUGAUUACUUGAUUAUUUUUUUUAAAAAGUAUUUUGUAAGCCAACAUUUCCAAAUAAAAGUUAACCGCCUACUAGACAAUCGCUGGGGUUGUUUGUAAAUUUAACACUUAAUAUUAAGUUUUCUAAGAGGUGAGUUACAGCACGACGUUCACUAGCAUUGUAAUAAACUGAAAUUUAAAUGUACAACUCAAAUCAAAUUUUUUUUGUUGUUGUUGUUAUAAACAAUGUCAUUAUGAUUUGAAUAUCUCCACAAAUGUAUAAGUUCUAUCUUUGUUAUAUACGUUUAAAACAAGGGUCCCAAUGAAAAUAAGUUAAUAUUAUACAAUAGUCAACAAUCACAGAGUUUGCUACAACAGUGCUAUAACGUUUUAGAAAAAAAAUUAGAUGUGUUCUCGUGUCGUAGCAAUGUGUCAAUUUUAAGCACUACGUCUUUCAAUACAUCGAGGCUUAAGCACUGAAUAAACACACGCAAAUAUCCGAUCAGCUUCAUCGCGCAAGUAGGUCAUAGCACCAAGGUUUUUAUCUUUUUGACAGACGGUAUCAUUUAGAUUCCGGGACAUAACAUUUAAGUUUCAAAACAUGUAAUUAAAAUAAAGAUUCGGAGGAGCAUCGUGUCCAAGUAGAGAGCCACCAUAUUUCAUUUUAUUGAUCAAUCUAUUUCUAUUUGAUUGUUUGAGGGAACGUUAGAAAAUACAUCUAUGUCUUCAUCUUUUUAUUAAUUUACAUUCAAAUCCUGUGUCACGCGUGCUAAACUCUGUGACAUGCCAGUAAAAAUUAAAAAAAAAUAAUAAGUUUUAAUUCUAUACCGUAGUCUGAAGUCAUGAACUUUCUUCAAAGACGAAUUACAUCUAAUGAGGGCUCGUGGCGUUAUAACUUCGAUGUUCAUUGGCAAUGCCUUUACUGUUUUGGCUGUUACAUGUGAAGAAAGUCGUUACAGCUCAAACGUCUCUUUACAAUGUAUUUAAUUUUUAACUGUGAUAUGUGAAGAAAGUCGUUAUAAGUCAGACUUUUCCCUGCCUUUGGUGUGUACUUCUUAUAUGUGAAGAAUGACGUUAUAUCUCAGACGUCUCUUUCCCCUGCCUACAGUGUGUAUUUGUUAUAUGUGAAGAAUGAAGCUAUAUCUCAGACCCUCCCCCCACACUUUUCCCCCUGAAUUUAAUGUUUAACUGUGAAAUGAGAAGAAAGACGUUAUGACUCCGACGUCCACUCCCACCUGCAUGUAAUGUUGACUUGUUAUAUGUGAAGAAAGGCGUUCCAAACAAUAUUUUGAAUUUUUAACUUUAAUGUCUGUCAUUCUCUUUGAAACAGUGCCGUACAAUAAGGACAGACUGGUGGGGUGAAAGAACAAAAAGUCAAAACUGGCCGAGAAUCGAUAAAAGGGUGAGGGGGGGGGGGGUUGGCGUCAAAUCAUAUAAUUAUAUAAGCAUCAUAAUCUAUUUAGGCAUGCAUUUAAAAUUUCAAGACUGCAUAAUACUUCACUGUCGCCCAGUAUGAGCGUAGUGAUCAGUGUAAUUAUUAAAUGCUUAAAGCUUUGUUAUAUCUUACUUAAUAAAACAAUUUGACACGCCAUACCAUUGAGAUUCCGGGUUUGAUUCCGACUGACAAUAUAAUAGAAGUUGAAACGGUAAAUUUAACAAUAAAUGUCUGAUUAUUUAAUUAAUGUGACAAUAAUGAGCCAUGGUCUUAAAUUUGUAAAUGAAAUAAUGGGGAAAAACUAAUUAUUAAAUUAUUUUGUCCUCUUUUGAAAUAUACUUGCGCCCCUUAAAAAAAGUUAGCCCCCAUUCUACCACACGUAUAGCCCCCCUCCCUCAUGAUAGGUAUCAUCUAAAAUUAAAAUUAUUUUACAAAUUUCUCUAAAUAUUUUGAAAUGAAUUUUAAUGUCGCUACAUGCCAGUUCUUUACUUCCUUAUAAAAGGGAAGUAAUCCUACGUGUGCCAUGCAUUAUUUCCUUUAUAGAUGUGUACCAGGCCGCUUGUUACUUUUAGCCUCCCUUGCCUUAUAGCUUCGUUUCUUGCAACAAUUUUUUGUAUCAAAAUAUAUUUAAAAAAUUCUUUAACAUUGAAAUAGAGUGAAAAACAAAUGCUCUAAAAGUUUCUAUUUUGUUCUUCAUUCUUUUAAAUAAUUGAUAAAAUUCUAUUUUUUCUAGAGUCCAAAACAAAGUGUGUUUCGUUGCUGAACCUCACAGAUUCAUCGUUCGCAUCAACCCAGUCCUCGACACGAUGGAGAUCAUACCAAGAAGCAUCGCACUGCAGAACAACACCGACGGGGUGCGGUCGUGUCUGCCAAACAAGAUGGCGGUGACGUGCAGCGCCAGCAUGUGCCUGGACGUCAGUGAGUGCACCGUCAACGCCAUGGUAUCGUGCGAGGAGGACAGUGACCUGACCUCGUGGGAGACCACCCAGAUGAUGGAGAUAUCCCUGAGGCCGGCCAGCGGCGGGCUGAUCAUGACGGCAUGCCUGGAGCGGUGUGACGACAGCGUGAAGGCCGGGCCGUCCGAUUCAGAUGCGUCCGAUCAAGGCAGCGAUGAUCACGGAUUGUCCAGAGUGGCCACGGGACUGAUCAUUGCCGGGGCGAUAUUGGUCGGGGCGUUGAUGGUGAUAGGCAUGGUCGUGUGGAAGAUACGAGAUUCUAAUUCACAGAUGCAUCCUAGGAACUGCCACAAACUGACGUGUGCUAAGUAAUGAUGCAAAGUCAGAUGUCAAAUAGAAAUGGUCUGGUUACAAAAAAAAAAAAAAAAAAAAAAAAAAAAAAAAAAAAAAAAAAAAAAAAAAAAAAAAAAAAAGAAAAGGUCCGGUUAAAAAAAAAAAAAAAAAAAAAAGACGAAAAAGAAAAAUGUUGAACGAAACAAGCAGCCUAUAAUUAUACUGUGAUAACAAUGUGAUAACAAUGGAUGUGAGUGUUUAAAUAAAUUUAGAGUUUUUUACAUUGAAUUUCGUUACACAUACAGCAUUAUAGAUGAUAUAUUAGUGGUUUAUUGGAAAGCCAAGAUUUUUCUGAGAAUUGUUCAUUGCUCUGAAAAAUGACAUAAUUAAAAAAAUAAUAAAC